AUGGGCUCAAGGAAGUGUAGAUGCGUGGCGUUAAUUCUCUUGGUUGCCAGCGCCUCCAGUGCGCUUGCCCACAAGCACGACGGCGAGGUGGUCCACAGUCCAGAUAACGAUGCCAAGCCGAUCGAUGCAAUUCUAUAUUUGCACAUUGCCAUCCAAACACUGACAUGGGGCUUCGUAUUCCCAAUUGGCAUGGUCUUGGGCUUAGUUCGCUCACGUUGGCAUAUUCCAACGCAAGUUGUAGGGUUUGUUUUAACGUCCGGCGGCUAUUUCCUUGGGCAUUCCCAUGGCGGGAGGCAAUUCAAAGAGACUGUACACGGUUCAUUUGCCUCGUUUCUUUACGUGCCAAUGGUCAUGCAGUUGUGCAUUGGGGUGUAUCUUAAGCUCCAUGUUCACGAGAAAUCUAUACGACCCUAUUUCGUUAUAGUUCAUGGUCUCCUUGGCAAAAUAUGGCCUAUAUUGGGAUGGACACAGAUGGUGUUCGGUGCAGCGACGCUGGGAGGCUACUGUUUUGACGGCGGAUUGAACCAGUGUCUGGCGCAUUACAUUAUGGGUUCCGGCUUUAUUGCUUAUGGAAUCCUAUUGGCCAUUGCUCUUCUUGCUGGGUCUGAAUGGAUACAGAGCACUGGGAGAAGUCAAGAGUGGUUCGAUAGCGUUGUCAUCCUACUCUGGGGAAUUGUGAAUACUUUUACAGAGCACCAUGGUCCUCUGACAAAAUGGUCACACAAAGAUUUGCAACACACGAGUCUCGGAAUCCUUUGGUGGGCGGGCGGCGCACUUGGUGUAUAUUUGUCUCGCAAUGGGAGACGAUCCGUCAUUCCUGGGAUCAUCAUCAUCAUUACUGGCUGGGCAAUGUCAGCACAUGAGCAAGCGAUGGCGAUAAGCACUAAAAUCCAUUCUAUAUUUGGCAUUGUCUUGAUGUCUGCCGGCGCUACUCGAAUAAUCGAAGUUUCUCUUGUCUUGCGAGAUCUAGCAAGACUGGAACCCGCGUCAAGAGAACUUGAACCACCUUCCCCAUUUAUUCGAUCCUUUCAGCAUCUUCCGCCUCUGGUAGGUUAUUUGGUGCUGUUCAUGAGCGCAACGGAUGAAGAACUAAAAUUUGUAAAUUCGAUUGAAGUUGACCACGUAACAUAUGCAUUACUCAUGUUUUGUCUCGCUUUCGUUAUUUAUCUUCACACUGUGUUUUUAAUCAACCUGUGGCGUACGUUGGGUCGUAAUGCUGCCGUUCGGGAGGGCGUGGCAAAAACGAGAGGCAAUGCAGGGUACACCCGUGUACCAUUCGAACCGAUGGACGGAGUACUACAUGAUGCGGAGGUUUUUGAACUGGGACCCACUGAUUACGAGCCAGACGACACAUUGGAGCAAAGUCGAAGAGGGAAGAGGUCCUCCAAUGUGACCGAUUAA